GUCCGUUUUCUCGAAACGAACUUAAGUGGACUUGGUUCACUUUACUUCUGACCCACUCAAUUAUAAGUUCAUGACAAAAUGAUGACAUUUGUUACAAAUAAGUUUUAAAUUCAUUAAUUUUAGACAUGAACCCAUCAAAAUUUAUUAUUACUAAUCUGUUCAUAUCAAAAAAACUCCCAGUUUAUUUAAAUUGUAGAACAAAAUCAACAGCACGUUACAAUCUAUAUGCUGCGGUGACCCAUUGUAUCUUUGAUUUAGAUGGAACAAUACUCGAUAAUCAACAAUCAAUAGAUAUGGCAAAUAAAGAGAUUUUUGAUAUGUAUCAUUUACAAUACACACCUGAAUGGAGAUAUAAAUUAAUGGGAAAAACAUGCAAAUCAAUGUGGGAAACAGUAAUAAACGAGCUAAGUCUCGAGGAAUGUACAUGGCAGAAAUUGGAUCUUGAACAUUCCCAAUUAUAUGAUAAAUACUUAAUGGGUGCUCAAUUAAAACCGGGUGUUGCAACAUUAUUACAACAUUUACACAAAAAUAAUAUACCCAUGGCUGCAGUUACAUCAUCAUCUCAAUUAAUGAUGAAGAAAAAAACUUCACAUAUCAAAGAACUCAUGGCAAUGUUUUCGUUUAUUGUGUGCGGUGAUGAUCCUAAAUUAAUAAACUCAAAACCAAGCGGUGAAAUUUUUACAAUUUGUAAAGGAUGUUUCAAAGAUAACCCCCCAUCUCAAUCUUGUUUGGUGUUUGAGAACACCCCAGUUGGAGUUUUAGCAGCUGAAAAUGCUUCUAUGAAAGUUGUUGGAAUUUCAAGCGUUUUAACACCUUUCUCAUCACUUAGACGUGCCGAUAAAGUACUUAAUCAUUUUAAUGAGUUUAAACCGGAAGAUUAUGGAUUACCUUCAUUCUCAGAAGUAAUUCAUUGAAUAAAUGUAACAAAGAACUUUCUGAAAUAAAUAAAUCUUUAUAAUCUUAUAAAAAAUGUAAUAUAACAUUGACAUAACCUCACUUUUAUCUGUCAAAAAAAGUUUGUAAAGGUUAUGUUUGGAAUAUUUACAAUUUUUAAAUUAAUCUAAAAAUGUGUGAUUCUGAAAUGAAAUCGACGGAGUGUCCGAUUUGCAAUAAAAAUUUUCCAUUAAAUAAAAUAGAACAACACGUCAA